AUGGUUGAUCCAAAAAGAGAUAACACAAGUGCGUCAUCGAACAAAAAACAGUCCUCCAUUUUAAGUUUCUUUAAAUGCAAUGAAGAAAAAACAAAUAAAGCUUCUUCACUAAUGGAAAUAAAUAACAAGGCACAUGAAAAAGAAAAAAGUAGUGAGGAGAAGAACCGAAUGAAUUCUAAGAAUAAAAGUGAAAAAGAAAUUUUAGGGGCAAAUAAAAAAAUAAAUGUGUUGGAUAUGUUUUUGUCAAAAGGAGAAAUGCAUAAUAACACAAAAAUAAUAGAUAAUAUAAAUAAGGAGGGAAUUAAUGGAGAUAUAUCAUGUACAAAUAAAAAUAUGAAUGUGAAUGAAAGUGAUAAAAUGAAUAAUCUUUUUCUUGAUGAAGAGAAUAUAGAAAGAAGCAGAAGAAAUUCUAGUGAUAGUAAUGUUCAUAAUAAUAACAUUUGUGAUUAUAUUUCUAAGAAUGAUAGUUGUGAUAUUAAAACAAAUGGUUGUAAUAAUAAUGUAGAAGGUUUAGAUGAGGAGAGUAAGUAUCAAAAUAUGGUUCAUAAUAAAAUGGUAGAAGGUAAGAACUAUUUAGAUAAUAUAGAAUCUAGCACAGAAGAUGAUAUAAUUAUAAAAAAGAAAAGGAAAAUAAUUUUAGAUAGUGCAAGUGAAAACGAAUGUAUAGAAGAAAAAAAGAAUAAUAUAAAUAAAAAUACUGGUAGUGUAGAUAAUAAAUUAACUAAUUUAUUAUAUGAACCUAAUAAAGAGAUUGAUAAUAAUUUAUUAUUAUUAGAUAAUAAUAUAAAUAAUAUAAAAAAAUGUAUUGAAAAAAGAAAAGGAGAUGAUAGUAAAAAAUCACAAGAAUUAGAUUCUUUAAGAAAUAAAUAUUUAAAUUUACCUAUUAGUAUAACAAAUGAUAAAUUCAGAUUAUAUAUAGAACAUUAUUUUUUAUAUUGUAAUACAUUUGAAUUUCCUAAGUGGAUACAACCACAAUAUAUAAGAGAUAUAAAUCUAAGAAGUCCAGAUCAUCCAGAUUAUGAUUCCACAACUAUAUGGACCCCACCACCUGAUCAUAAAUGGGCGAUAGAAUAUAAACAAGCACAUUAUACUCCAGGUAUGCAACAAUUUUGGAAGAUAAAAUCAAAAAAUUUUGAUAAAAUUAUAUUUUUUAAAAUGGGAAGAUUUUAUGAAAUCUUUUAUAUAGAUGCAUGUUUAAUGCAUACAAUAUGUUCUUUAAAUUGGAUGAGUGGAGAACAUAAACCACAUUUAGGAUUUCCAGAACAAUCUUUACAUUUUUAUGCUAAAAAAGUUAUUAACAGUGGUCAUAAAGUAGUUGUCAUUGAGCAAAUGGAAACACCAAAGGAAUUAGAACAAAGAAAUAAAGAAUCUAUAGGUCCAAAAGAUAAAGCAAUAAAAAGAGAGAUCAACGAAAUAUAUACAAAGGGAACUAUUUUGCAUGAUAAUAUGUUGAGUGCUGAAACGAAAUAUUUGGUAUGUUUUUACUUUGAUGAAAUUGAAAAUGUGACAAAUGAUGAUAAUAUGACAAAUGAUGAUAAAAUGAAAGGUGAUAAUAAUAUGAGAAGUGAUGAUAAUAUAACAAGUGAUGAUAAUAUAACAAAUGAUGAUAAUAAUAAUAAUAAUAAUAAUAUGAAACAUAAUAAUAGUAGUUAUAAUAUAUCCCUUUAUGAUAACAAAAGCAAAUGCAACUUUGGUUUUGUUGUUAGUGAUAUUGCUACUUCUUAUAUUGCAGUUGGAUAUUGUAAUGAUGACGAAUCACGAAUUGUUCUUAGAACCAUAUUAGCUCAAUUAUGUCCUGCAGAAAUAUUAUAUUGCUCUAAAAAUAUAAAUAAAGAAGUUUUAUCAAUAUUUAAAAACAUUCCUACAUCUCCAGAAUUAACUUGUUUAAAUAAUUUUCCAAACAUUAUUAGUUCAUUUGAUGAAAUAAAUAAAUACUUUGAAAACAUACCACCUAAUUUAGAUAUAUAUAAAGAACAAAGUAGUGUCAUAUGUGCUUUUGGUGGGUUCAUUGUUUAUUUAAGAUCUUUACUUUUAGACAAAAAAAUAUUUAGAUUCUGUAAAAUUGAAAACUAUGAUCUUUUCAAAAGAGAAAAUUAUAUGGUUCUAGAUGCUACAGCUUUAAAACAUCUAGAAAUUUUAGAAACACAAUCAGGUGAUACCAAGAAUUCUUUAUAUGAUUAUGUAAAUAAAACAUGUACAAAUUUUGGUGCAAGGAAUUUAAGGAGAUGGAUCUGUAGUCCAUUAUUAGAUUGUGAGAAAAUAAAAGAACGUUUAGAUGUAGUUGAUUUCUUAAAAAACAAUGAACAAGUUUUGUCACUUAUAAGAUUGAAACUAAGAAAAUUACCUGACAUAGAAAGAUUAUUAAAUAAAAUAUGUAUACAAGCUUCACAAAGUGAAAGAGGAGCUGUUUUUUUUGAUAAUGUUGUAAAUACCAAAUUAAAAGAAUUUGUUACUUUUCUUAAUGCAUUCAAAGAAAUCGAUUCUAUGUUAAUAGAUGUAAAUAGAAUGGAAAGAGAUGGAGAAUUACCUAGUCGCCUCUUCCAAAUUUGUAAUACACCUGAUACAUAUAAAGAUAAUUUAAAAGGUUCUUAUCCAAAUAUAGGAUUAAUAACAAAUGAAUUUUUAGAAAAAAUUUAUUUCGAUGGAGAUAAAGAAUAUAAACCAGCAGAAGGAUGUGAUGAAGAUAUUGAUAAAAUUAAUGAAAAGGAAAAAAAUGUAGAACAUAAAUUAAAUAAUGUUUUAGAACAUAUGAAAGCACAAUUAAAAAUAUCUACCUUAAAAUUUGUACAUGCAAAAUUUAAAUAUGAAGUUGAAUGUCCAGAUAAUAUACCAAAAUCAUUUUUAAAAAAUGUUGAAAUUACAUCAGCAAAAAAAGGUUAUGUUCGUAUACAUAAUGAUGAAAUUAAAUCUUUAGUUGAGAAACUAGAAGAUAUUGAACAAGAAAAAAAAGAUGCUAUAUAUCCAUUCUUUCAAAAAUUGUUCCAUUUAUUUUAUGCUCAUUAUGAGAAAUAUGUCUCUGCAUGUAGAUUAAUAGCAGAACUUGAUUGUUUACAGUCUUUUGCUUAUGUGGUCUUGAAUACGUCUUUUCCUUUAACUCGUCCCAUACUACACCCUAUGCAUUCUAAAAAGGGAGAGGAAAAGACGCCCUUUUUAAUUUUGGAAGAUAACAUCCAUCCUGUGGUUGCCAUGUUAAUGCCGAAUUUUAUUUCGAACAAUAUUUAUAUGGGAUGUGAUAAAGAAAAUCAAUCUACAUUAUUAUUGACAGGUCCUAAUAUGGGUGGUAAAAGUACCUUAUUACGUCAAACAGCUAUUUCAGUAAUAUUAGCACAAAUAGGUGCAUUUGUCCCUUGCACUUAUUGUGAAUUAACAAUUGUAGAUAAAAUAUUUACUCGUUUAGGUUCUAGUGAUAAUUUAUUUGAAGGGAAAAGUACAUUCUUAGUAGAAUUAGAAGAUAUUUCUAACUUAUUAAAACAAAGUACUAAAUAUAGUCUAGCUAUAUUAGAUGAAUUAGGUCGAGGUACUUCUUCUUUUGAUGGUACUGCAAUUGCAUUAUCAACAUUAGAACAAAUAUCUGAUGUUAUAAAAUGUAGAUGUAUAUUUUCAACACAUUAUCAUUUAUUAGUCGAAGAAGUCAAACAUAAUAAAAAUAUUUCAAAUUAUCAUAUGAGCUUAAGUAUUGAUGAUGAACAAGAAAAAAUUAUAUUUUUAUAUAAAUUUAUUAAAGGUGUAUGUCCUAAAUCGUUUGGUAUACAUAUAGCCAAAUUAGCUGGACUACCUAAAGAAAUUAUUGACUUAGCUCAUGAAAAAUCUUUAUUGUUUGAAAAUGUUACAGAUGAAUUCUGUAAAAUUAUUAAAUAUAAAAAUAUAACUCGAUCCUUAUUAAAUCAAGAUGCUGAUGAACAACUAGUAACCAUAUUUCAUAAAUAUAAAAAGGAAUUCGCAUAA